AAAGCAUCACUGCUCGGUUACACUAUCUACGAUACGACACACGACAGAAGGUCAGUUGAGUGAAGAAAGCCAAAGUGAUCGGACCCACAUACAGCAUCGUCAACAUGCGUGCGGGUGUUUCUAUUUGUAUCGUUGCUCUAAUUUAUUCCUUACCGACGACGCUGGCACAGACAAGAUUGUUCAAAUGUGAUGGAACACAUCGCUCAAGUGUCGCCAUCUUCCGCAACGUAACCAUCGAGGACACGCUAGACUACCGGUUUUCAUGUGACAAUUCGUAUUACUACACGAUUAAUACGAUGAUCUUCGUAAACUCAUCCAUUCAAGAACUACCCAAAAAACUUUUCGACAACUUUAACUCGUUACAAAACGUUUCGAUGGCUGCUUGUGGCAUCCAACAAAUUAUGCGGUACAGCUUGGAGCGUGCGAGCUCGCUGAGAGUGCUUGAUUUAUCAAGGAACAAAAUGAAUGAAGUGAAAAAUAUGGCUUUCGUAGGAGCAUCGUCAUUAGUAUGGUUAAAUUUAACGCGAAACAAUAUCAGCGUCAUCGAAGUCAGCGCCUUUCAAUCGUUGAGCGCGGUCCAGGUGCUGUCACUUUCACGCAAUCAGCUGCAGUCGUUGGAUAGCAAUCUUUUUAUCAAUUUACCAGCCUUGAGGGGUAUCUACCUCGACAAUAAUAAGCUACAAGUGCUGGAUGCUGAUCUGUUCUUGAAAAACACCAGACUCGAAGUGAUCACCGUGGAUAACAAUCAGCUCAGCGUGGUCCACGAUCGUGCUUUUGCAAUCGGCCCAACUAAUGUGACAGUGACUUUGAUUAAUUUAAAGAACAAUAACAUCACCAGCCUUAACUUGCAACACGUUGCGGCGAAGAAGAUCAUCUUGAGCUACAAUAGACUGCAGCAGCUGUACAUCUCCUCGAAAGUAGAGUCAAUCAUAGCGGACAAUAACAACAUCCAAGCGAUUCAGAGCGACAACCCGAACGAUAUGCAGCUGGACCAACUGAACCUGCGCAACAACUCGAUAACGACGCUGGAUAUGGUGGGAAAGCUUACCAGCCUUAGCGGGCUCGAUCUUGGAUACAACCGACUCGGAGCGGUCAGUAUCAGCAGCUUCGGCAUGCUGAAACGACUGAAGGUGUUGAGUUUGGAGCGGACGGCGAUUUCCAACCUACAGCACGGCACUUUCGCUCAGCAGGAAAACCUCGAGUGGCUAGACCUGUCCUACAACAAUCUCGACACACUGGAUAUGGAUAUUCUGACAUCGUCCACCAACCUCAAGACACUCUUCAUCGAUGGUAAUCGCUUGAAGUUUAUCAAACACGAUGAGAUGAAGAAAAACUUUCCGCAACUAGCGUCCAUCGGUAUCAUCGACAACAACUGGAACUGCAGCUACCUGACCAAGCUGGUUCGCUACUGCAACGAACAUUCGAUCGAGCUCGAUAAAGAACAUCAGGCCGAGAUCGUGCAAAACCAAACGAACGUAAAGGGCAUCUACUGUUUCGACGACAAGAAUCCGAUCCGCAACUGGAACACCACCGUUCUGCAUCUGUACAACGAGUCCAAUAGGUCCGCGGAAGAUGGUGGUGCGCUUGAAGGGCUGCUCAAGGGUGUGAUCGAGGAUGUGCGGCGAUUCAAUGAGGAUCACUCGGAGUCGAGCAACCGAACCGCGAAACUCGAGGGUAGCGUCUUCGAUUUAACCCAGCAGCAGAUUGGCAUGCAGCGGGAUCUGAUCAAUGUGCGCGAAUCCAUCGCCGACAUUCGGCUGUCGCUGCUGUCGAAUCGCACAAACAACGCAUCGGCAGUCAGCACGAGUGAGAUCCGCCAGAUGAUUGAAAGCAUCAACAACCUAACGCUUGAAAAGCAGGAACUCAGCGCCAAGAAGCUACAGCUGGACAUUUACCAACAGUCGCUGAAAGUGGAAAAUGCUCUCGAAACGGCAAAGAGCAACAGCGAUAAGUUGGUACUGCUUGGCAAGCAGAUCGACGAAUGGAUAACUCGCAUAACAGGCACAAGUGGGGGUACGCUCUAUGGUCAGCUGUCAGUAGAGCGACAUGCACAGCAAGCGCCUGAACGCGAUACUGGUCACAGCAAUGCUCUGCUCGUGUCGGUGUUGGUCAUAGUCUGCCUUAUGAUGGGUGUGCUGAUCUACGUUGUGUACAAGGGGAACCGUCGAUCCUACAAUGUUGAACGACGGCAGUACAACCGAGACAGUAGCCUAACAACGAUUGUUGAUAAUGAAAUAUAAACUGUCUCCAUGCUGGGUAUCUACGACUAAAAACAUAAAUAAAUGUGUUAUCAUGACUAA